AUGAACCCGAAGGAUGUCGGAAGGCAAAGCCACCAGCUGCUGAACCAUCCCCGUGCUCCGCCUUCAAUCCCUCCUCCAAGUUGUCCUCGCUGCUCCUCUGAUCGCACCAAAUUUUGUUACUAUAACAACUACAGUGUGUCGCAGCCACGCUAUUUCUGCAAGGAUUGCCGCCGUUACUGGACACAUGGUGGAGCCCUUAGGAACAUUCCUAGCGGUGGAACCAGCCGCAAGCGGGGUAGGACUGAUGUGGCGUCUUCAUCUUCACAAAUCUUGCAGUCACCUUCCUCAAGAAACUUGCUUCCAUCACCACCACCACCACCACCACCAUUAGCAUGGAGCUUGGGUUCAUCUCCUGAUAACACUUCUGGUACCGCCGUUGCCAGGUCCAGCAUUGGUCGUGGCACAUUUAGGCCACCGGUCACAGAAACCAUGCAAUACUUCAAUGGUGGUGGCUUUGUCAACCAAACACCUUUCAAGUUUAGCCCAGGUGGUGAUCAGUUAGGUGGUGUGAACACGGCAUUUGGUGCGGUUAGCAUGGGGUUUGGGGGUGGAGAUCCUUCACCACCACCAGUUCCAUCAACACAGUCGUUGCCUCAGUUCUCCCCAUUGGACAAUUUUCUUGAUGUUGGCUUUCCUUUUCUUCAACGACCACCGCAGCACCCACCACCACCUACCGUAUUGGGAAGUCAAAACAUGGGCCUUAACAACGCCAGAACAACAAUCACCGGCUCCAAUUAUUUCCAGUCCGUAGCUAGGGAUGCAACUGCAGCUGCACAUGUAGUCAGCAUCGACGAGUGGUCUGAACUCAAUGAUAUGGACAAUGAGGGUGACCCUUUCCAAAGCUACAAGCCACCAUCUCCUUGA